GCACUGCUUGCAUUCUCUUUUCUUCCUUCCUGUUCAUGCAGUAAUAAAACCCUGAGGCAUGAACGUUAAUAUGAGACCUGUUUACUGAGAAUUUCUUGUGUAGCUGUCAGCAUUAUCGAGGACAUCCAAACUAAAACAGCUCCUUCAAAUACUGUUAGGCUGUCAUACGUUUGAGACAAUGAGGCAGUUCUGUACUUGUAAAACUAAGUUUUACACCAACGGUAAAGGGGCAGGAAUGUUUUAGCAAAAUGUAUCUGCAAAUAUCUUUUGUUACCUGCUCUGAAUCACACGUUGUGAGCUAAACGUCAGAGAAAAAAAGUGAGGUCUGACUUCAAAAGCCACAGACACUUUUGUGGAAGACUGCAAUACCAUCACGGGGAAAAGAGGGCUGGACAUGAUGAUGCACACAGAGCAUGAAAGUGAAAGUGCAGAAGGAGAGAGCUUUAACACUUCUCAACAUGAUCGUUUUUUGUGUUAUUGUCCUUCUCUUUCCUGUGUGUGGGUCCGUGCUGUCAACUGGAUGGGUACAAUCACCUGGACAUCCACGAGGGUAUGAUCCUUAUUCCAACCUGACUUGGAAAAAGUGUGCUUCAACCGGUCACAAAAUCACACUCACUCUCAUACAUCUGGACCUAGAAGAAAGCUUUGAGUGUGAGGAUGACGCCUUGAAGUUAUUUGCAGAUGAGGUGCUUCUUUUCAAUCUGUGUGGACGCAAGUCCAUGAGGGAGCUGCAGUCGUCUGUCAAUCCUUUCCUCCACUCUUCCCCUGGUGGUUGUCUCUCUGUUUCAUUUCUCACAGACUACUCAAACACUGAGAGACAUACUGGAUUUCGAGGCUUUUACACCAUUAAGGAUGUUGAUGAGUGUAAGGACCCUGAAAAUGAGUGCACCCAACUCUGCAAUAACUACAUUGGAGGUUAUCGCUGUUUCUGCAGACCAGGUUACACCCUUGACUCUGAUAAGCACACCUGCCAAGUUAGCUGCAGUGAAGAUCACACAGGCUCUCAAGAAGGUGUGCUGAUGUCACCUGACUGGCCCGAGCCGUACCCCGAAAACUCUGUGUGUUCUUACACUCUGGCUGUAGAAGAAGGUCUGCAGUUUGAGCUUACGUUCAUGGGGGUAUUUGACGUUGAGAAGGAGAAUGGACAGUGCAUCGACUCAUUAACUAUAAAACCCCUCUAUGGUGGCGUUCAGACAUUUUGUGGAAGGGAUGUCCCUCCGUCCCUCCUCACAAGGUCACAACGUGUUGAGAUUAUCUUCAGGACCGACCAUAAAGGAGCAAACCGAGGGUUUAGCCUUAGUUACAAAACGAGAGGGAUGAAAUGUACUGGACCUGUGACACCAAAAUCUAGUCUGAACCCGCAGCAUGCUGAAUAUCCCACUGGGUACAAAGUUACAGUGAAAUGUGACAAAGGACAUGUAUUAAAAUCACAUGAAUCAGCUGAGGAUGAGUAUGAAGCCAUAUGCCAGAAGAAUGGACAGUGGAGUCCUGUUAUCCCCUGUGAACCUGUGGAUUGCGGCAUUCCAGAGCUUCCUGAAUUAAUGGAGCUAUCAGAAAAAGAGCCGUCAACAACUUAUCUGAACCAGAUCAGUCUUAAGUGUGAAAAUGAAUAUUAUCAACUGGAUAAAAAUGGUAAUUUGACCUGUAAUGCUGAUGGUAACUGGGUGUCUGAGAGUGGUCAAAAAUUAACAGAUGAUUUGCCUAAAUGUGAACCAGUAUGUGGAAUUAAUACAGACGCCUUUUUUGGUGGAAGAGUCUAUGGUGGGAAGCCAGCAUUAAUUAAACAGAUUCCCUGGCAGCUCUUUCAUAAGAAAAGUCCCAGAGGUGGUGCAUCUUUAAUCAGUGAUUACUGGGCUCUAACAGCAGCUCAUGUAGUGGAUGGAUACGAAACGACCACCAUGAAUUGGUUAGGGGCAAUAGUUGAUGGUAAAAGCCAAAACCCAGUCUCUAUGGAAACUGAGAAGAUCAUAAUUCACCCAAAUUAUCAAAAAGUUGGUAGAGAUUCUCCAUCUAACUAUGAUAAUGAUAUUGCACUCAUCAAAAUGUCUGCCAGGGUGCCUAUAGGUCCACACAUAAGGCCAGUGUGUCUCCCAGAGAAAGCAAAUGAACCUGUGAAGGAGGGCACAAUCUCAGGUUUCGGAAGAAUUAAAGACGAAAAAAGUAGUAGAUAUCUGCUUUAUGGACAUGUCCAGAUACAUCCACUUGGUGAAUGUCAUUCAGAGGGUUUGCCUGUCACCGAUAACAUGAUCUGUGCCGGAGGAGACGAAGUAGACAGUUGUCAAGGGGACAGUGGAGGCCCUUUGUUUUCUCCUGUUCUGGGCUAUGGGUCUCCAGACAAGCCUUAUCGUCUUACAGGCAUUGUUUCAUGGGGUCCUCUUGGAUGUGGGAAUAAAAACCUUAAGGGCUUCUAUACUAAAGUCCAGAAUUACCUGGAUUGGAUCAAGGAAACCAUUGAAAAAAACUCAAAAUAAUAUACACCUACAUCAGUGGUUAACUGUAACACACCAAUAAAGUUACUCUAUUUUCAUGAAUAAUUCAGAACUUUUAUAUUUCUUUUAUACUCACCAAUAAAACCAUUUUCCCAUAUAAGGAA